AUGGCGGCAGAAGCAGCUGGUGGGAAAUACAGAAGCACUGUCAGCAAAAGCAAAGACCCCUCGGGGCUGCUCAUCUCUGUGAUCAGGACUCUGUCUACCAGUGAUGAUGUUGAAGACCGAGAAAAUGAGAAGGGCCGCCUUGAAGAAGCCUAUGAGAAAUGUGACCGUGACCUGGAUGAGUUGAUUGUACAGCACUACACAGAGUUGACGACAGCCAUUCGCACGUACCAGAGCAUCACAGAGCGCAUUACCAACUCCCGAAAUAAAAUAAAGCAGGUGAAAGAGAAUCUGCUUUCUUGCAAGAUGCUGUUGCACUGUAAACGGGAUGAGCUCCGGAAAUUGUGGAUUGAAGGAAUUGAACACAAGCAUGUCCUGAACCUGCUGGAUGAAAUUGAGAAUAUCAAGCAAGUGCCUCAAAAGCUGGAACAGUGCAUGGCCAGCAAGCACUAUCUCAGUGCCACCGACAUGCUGGUGUCAGCAGUGGAGUCUUUGGAGGGCCCCCUGCUCCAGGUGGAAGGACUGAGCGACCUCAGGCUGGAGCUUCACAGCAAGAAGAUGAACCUCCACUUGGUUCUCAUAGAUGAACUGCACCGGCACCUGUACAUCAGAUCCACCAGCCGAGUUGUGCAGCGUAACAAGGAGAAAGGGAGAGUGAGCUCCCUUAUAAAAGAUGCUUCUCCCGUUCCUCUGAUUGAUGUUACCAACCUUCCUACUCCUCGAAAAUUCCUCGAUGCCUCUCAGUUUUCUACUCCUGGAAGCUCAAGUGUCAAGGAGAUAAACCUGCAGGACAUCAAGGAGGAUUUGGAGUUGGAUCCAGAGGAGAACAGCACCCUUUUUAUGGGCAUCCUCAUCAAGGGGCUGGCCAAACUGAAGAAGAUCCCAGAGACCGUUAAGGCAAUCAAAGAACGCUUGGAGCAGGAGCUACAGCAAAUUGUGAAGCGGUCUACGACCCAGGUCGCAGACAGUAGCUAUCAGAGAGGAGAGAACCUCACUGUGGAGAACCAGCCAAGGCUACUUCUAGAACUGCUGGAGUUGCUAUUUGACAAGUUCAACGCUGUAGCCACUGCGCACUCUGUGGUUCUGGGGUACCUGCAGGACACCGUUGUGACCCCGCUGGCCCAGCAGGAAGAUGUCAAAUUGUACGAUAUGGCGGACGUGUGGGUGAAGAUCCAAGAUGUUCUGCAGAUGCUGUUGACCGAGUACUUGGAUAUGAAAAAUACUCGUACGGCCUCUGAACCAUCAGCUCAACUAAGUUAUGCCAGCACUGGCCGAGAUUUUGCAGCCUUUUUUGCCAAGAAGAAACCUCAAAGGCCAAAAAAUUCUCUUUUUAAGUUCGAAUCCUCCUCCCAUGCCAUCAGUAUGAGUGCCUAUUUGCGAGAGCAGAGACGGGAGCUCUACAGUCGCAGUGGAGAACUUCAAGGGGGUCCUGAUGACAACCUAAUUGAAGGUGGAGGAACAAAAUUUGUCUGCAAACCUGGAGCCAGAAAUAUUACUGUCAUAUUCCAUCCAUUAUUAAGAUUUAUUCAAGAGAUCGAGCAUGCCCUGGGACUCGGCCCAGCCAAGCAGUGUCCUCUUCGAGACUUUCUCACUGUGUACAUCAAAAACAUCUUCCUGAACCAGGUCCUGGCAGAGAUCAACAAGGAGAUUGAAGGAGUCACUAAAACAUCUGACCCCUUGAAGAUCCUAGCUAAUGCGGACACCAUGAAGGUGAUGGGGGUACAACGGCCUCUCCUACAGAGCACAAUCAUCGUGGAGAAGACAGUGCAAGACCUCAUGAACCUGAUGCACGACCUGAGUGCGUACUCGGAUCAGUUCCUCAACAUGGUGUGCGUGAAGCUCCAGGAGUACAAGGACACCUGCGCUGCGGCCUGCAGGGGCAUUGUCCAGUCAGAAGAGAAACUUGUCAUCAGUGCAUCUUGGGCAAAGGACGAUGAUAUCAGCAGACUCUUGAAAUCUCUACCCAACUGGGUUAACAUGGCUCAACCCAAACAGCUGAGGCCAAAGAGAGAAGAGGAAGAAGAUUUCAUAAGGGCAGCCUUUGGUAAGGAGUCAGAAGUUCUUAUUGGGAACCUGGGUGACAAAUUAAUCCCUCCGCAAGACAUCCUCCGUGAUGUCAGUGACCUCAAAGCUUUGGCCAACAUGCAUGAAAGCCUGGAAUGGUUAGCAGGUCGAACAAAGUCAGCUUUCUCCAAUCUUUCUACAUCCCAGAUGCUGUCUCCUGCUCAAGAGAGCCACGUGAACAUGGAUCUUCCCCCAGUGUCGGAACAGAUCAUGCAGACUCUGAGCGAACUUGCCAGAUCUUUCCAGGAUAUGGCUGACCGCUGCUUGCUGGUCCUACACCUGGAAGUCAGGGUUCACUGUUUCCAUUACCUCAUCCCCCUUGCAAAGGAGGGGAACUAUGCCAUUGUCGCUAAUGUGGAAAGUAUGGAUUAUGACCCUCUGGUGGUCAAGCUCAACAAAGACAUCAGCGCCAUUGAAGAGGCCAUGAGUGCCAGCCUUCAGCAGCAUAAGUUCCAAUAUAUAUUUGAAGGCCUGGGUCACCUGAUCUCCUGCAUCCUCAUUAAUGGUGCCCAGUACUUCAGGCGCAUCAGCGAGUCUGGCAUCAAGAAGAUGUGUAGAAACAUUUUUGUCCUUCAGCAGAAUUUGACCAACAUCACCAUGUCGCGGGAGGCAGACCUGGAUUUUGCAAGGCAGUAUUACGAGAUGUUAUACAACACGGCCGACGAGCUCCUGAACCUGGUGGUGGACCAGGGCGUGAAGUACACAGAGCUGGAGUACAUCCAUGCCCUGACCUUGCUGCACCGCAGUCAGACUGGGGUGGGAGACCAGACCACUCAGAACAUGAGGCUGCAGCGGCUCAAGGAGAUCAUUUGUGAGCAGGCUGCCAUCAAGCAAGCCACCAAGGAUAAGAAAAUAACUACGGUUUAA